UUCAUGCAUAGACUUAUUUAUAUGUCGUACUUUCAUGUCAAUGCUUUUCAUCAUUUCCGAUAGCUAAAUGGAAUUUAUCGAGCUAACUACAUACAAAUGGCUGAAGGAAGCUCAAAUUUUCAAUAAAAACAACCGCCGCGUACCCUCGGAAUGGUUGGAGAAAAACGCCGACAUCAUAGUUCUCUACUUCUCCGAAAAUGGCGUUGAUAAAAAUGGCAUCAUACAAAAAUUCUACGAGUUAUAUGAAAACGCAAAGUUUCUAAACAACCCCAUAGAAGUAAUUAAUAUUCCGAUGGAUGGCACGGAGGCGAAAAUGAGGGAGUCCUACGGGGGACAAGCGAACUGGUUCACUCUCAAAUUUCAUGACACCCUGGUACAAACGCUGCGCUUCAUGUACGAAAUCACCAGCACCCCGCGUCUUUUGGUCCGGAAUGCUGAUGGCACCAUUAUAUCGCGCCACGGUAUAUCAGAUCUAGAGACGCACGGGAAGAAUGCGAUUCUGACAUGGUUGUCGCAUAAUUGUAUGACAUCAAAGCAGAGGUACUAUAAUAGGGAGUACGUUAUGUACGGUGAUCGAUGGGACUAUAUGACGGUCGACCCGACGAGGAAAAGGGACGUUAAGUACAGCAGGAAGUUCAGUCGCGCCGCAGAACACGGCGAGACCACGCCGACGCCCUCCAAACAUAUUUUAAAGCAACCACCAAAAGAUAAAAUGAAUGCAGAUUAAAAUCAUUAUGUAAUUAAAUAUUAUCAAUUCGU